UCUCACUCAUCCACCCACCAACAUCCCAUUAUCCAAACAUCGCCUUUCCAUAUCACUAUCCCCACUUCUCUCUUCUUACAUCCAGCCAGCUACCCUUCUCAGAUUCCUGACUUGCCUGCAUCAUGGUCGGCCGGACCGUCCUGGCCCUCAGUGCCCUCACGGCCCUUGCUCGAUCCAAGGCCAUCGUCACCAACAGUUGUCCCUACGACGUCUAUGUCUGGUCCGUUGUCGAAGCCAAACAUUACGCCGAGAACCUUCCCCUCAAGUCUGGCGAGAAGUACGUCGAGCAGUUCCGCUACGGCACACCAACCAAUCCCGGCGUUGCCAUCAAAGUCUCGCCUUUCCAGAACGGCAUUCACGAGGGUAAGGACGAAGUCAACUUCGCCUACGCCGUCGACUUGCAUGACCCAAAGAAGAUCUGGACCGGCCUUUCCAAUAUUCGUGGCAGUGCGUUCUUCGACGACAUCGACCUGCUCACCUGCGACGGUUCCUUCCACGGAGCGUCAGUCACAACUCGACUUUGCAAGCCCGACGACGACAUCGAGCUCGUGCUUUGUGCAUCGCUGAAGGACAAGCCCUCCAAGAACAGCACCAAGUCUUCAACCGAGCGAAGCUACAAAACUCCAGGAUCCCCACGCAUCCUCUCCAACGGCAAUGAAGAUUCACCAAAGAGGAUCCCACGCGUUGUGAUCGAAAGCCCCUGGAGUGCACAAGCUCGCAAUGCGACCCCGCAGCCAUCGAAUGGCGAGGUCGAGCCUCGCAAGACCAAGCCCGGCAAAAAGCCCAAGGUCAACAUUGGCUGGUAUGUUGAUCACCGCCUCGAGAACGGCAAUCGCAACAAGCUCCAGAAGGCUUUCGACAACUACUACGGUACGAUCAGCUGGAGCGACACCAGUGGCUCCGACACCGAUUAUGGUUGGGCGAAGCCUGCCGACAACAAGCAGGCGAAGAGGGCGACCCGCUCUUACAAGGACACUUGCGACCUGGUUCUCAAGAUGUUCGGCGGCACUGAUUGCGAGAAGAGAGCUCGGGAGCUCAAGGACGCGGCCCUGGCCCGUCAUCCUUCCAAGAGUGACCCCGAGGUUCACUUUGGCACUCGCUUCUCUCGAACGGGAAUUGAGAACUCUUUCGUUGAACGGGAAUCCCUCGAGAAGGAUCUGAAGAGCUUCUUCGCUGCGAACGACUGGAGCUCCAGUUCCGGCUCCGGGACCCCUUACGGCGAAGGCCACUUGACUCGUCUACGCGUAGCUCGCAAGACACCAAAGGUCUCCCGUGAUGUCGCAUGCCAAUGGCUCCUUGCCAUGUACCCAGAACGAAAUGCCCCCAACUGCGAAACCAUCGUCAACGAUUUCUCUGCUUCUAAGAAGGUUUAUCUCGGCAAGCCAGUCAAGGAACACCUCCCCGGUCUGCGUCCCAAGGAUGUUGAGAAGAACUUCAACAGAAUCUGGCCGGAGGUGGAGUGGUCUGAUGAUGAGCAUUAGAUGUCAGGUCUGAUACCUGAUGCUGAACGCAGAGCAUGGUUUGGGGAAAUUGGUCAAAUUGUUUGAAGAAGGAAAAAGUGUGGUUCUCAUUGAAGCAUGACGACUGUUUUCCAGGUGGACC